ACAUAGAUUGUGUGCAGACAUAGAGUGAGUGUGAGACAGACACAUAGACAAGAAGGUAGGAUCUUGUAUUAACAGGUUAAAUGAUGGCGCUUUUAUUCCUUCUCGCCAUUUUUGCUGAACUACUGCUGCUGACAUGUGAUGGGAAGACAGUGGAUGGACUUUUCAGUAGUGAUAUUGCAAGACAGAAUGGCGGGCAGCAUAUUGUUAAAUUUCUGUUUCACGGGCUGGAGAAGAAUUUGAGGCAGGAGGGGGAGCAUCCAAUUAUGGUAAUCCACAUAGGUACCAACGAUAUAGGUAGCAAUGCUUUACUAAGUUGUCGAAUAGACGGUGGAACAAUGGCUGCUGACAAAGAUUCCAAACUUUACCUCUUUCGUGAGCGGGAGUGGUUACAGGUACAGGAGGAAACUGUACACUGUUCACAGAAGCUGGCUGAAGCUCAAUUAAUUGUUUCAUUGAAAGAGGUGGAGAAUAAUCAAACUGUUUCCCAGUUUCUUCACCCUGAAGCAUGGCAUAUAGUAUAUGCGGAUAAUUUCACCUGCCCUGACGACGUGCUGGUCAGCGAGAAUAGUGGAAGGCUUUCUCCAGAGACCAUCAAAUUUAAACUUGUGUUACUAAAUCCAGAUGCAGCAAACAACCCACUGGACCACUUCAGUGCAGAGGAAUCUGGGUUACAUGAUUUCUACUUCCUGCUCGUAUUGGCUUACUUUGUAGUGGCCUGUAUAUAUUUUCAACCACUCUGGCGAUCUAUUAAGAAAGGUGGGCCUAUGCAUAAUAUCCUGAAGGUUUUGACUUCUGGUUUGUUGCUGCAGGCUGGUGCAGCAAUCACAAACUAUAUACAUCUAUCCAGGUUCUCAGUGGAUGGAAUUGGAACACCUUUGCUGGGCAGUUUAGCUGAAUUGUGUGACAUGGUUUCCCAAAUUCAGAUGUUAUACUUGCUGCUGAGUUUAUGUAUGGGAUGGACUCUGGGUAGAAUCGGAAGAACCCAGAGUAAGCUUGUACAAUGGGACUCAACCCCAGUGACCACUGCCAUAGCUAUUACUGUUGUUAUUGCUCAGGGUAUUUUGUUGCUUUGGGAACAAAUAGAAGAUACUGAUCACCAUAGCUACCAUGCACACCGUAGUGUGGCAGCUCUGCUACUCAUUGGUUUAAGAGUAAGUCUGGCCCUGCUCUUAGCCUCUGGUCUUUACCAGAUAAUUACCAUGGAAAGAAGUGCACUUAAGAGAGACUUCUAUGUAAGCUUUACUAAGGGUUGCGUCUUAUGGUUUCUCUGCCACCCUGUACUUGUCGGUGUCUCUGUUGUGUUUCCUGAUUACCAACGUGAGAAGCUUAUCACAAUUGGUGUUAUUCUGUGUCAGUCCAUUUCAAUUGUCGUCUUGUAUAAACUCUUCAUAUCUCGAAGUCUCUACUGGGAGGUCUCGUCUCUUUCUUCAGUCACACUACCACUCACUAUGUCAUCCAGGCACCGUGGUCGCUACUAUUCCUAGUGAUGAACUCUGUGGGUGAAAAUCAAAAGCACCAAGAUUGUAGUUGUUGGAAAUCUUUUUUGUUGAAAGUGUUCCAAGGUUGGUAAAACUUUCCAAAAUAAAUAAUUUAAUUGCAAUGCACUCUAUGAAUUAUGCACUUGCACAUAAUAUGUACUUGAAUUAGAAAAUGAAUUUAGGAAUUAGAUUCAGAACUCGUAAAAAGGACAUAUUCGCAAAAAGGUGAUGUUGAAGCUCAUUGAUGUGCAAGAAUAGUCUUUACGUUUUAGCCCAUGGCCUGAGGAAGAAUCCAUUAUGUUACGACUUAUGUUGCAAAUGGGAUUUGUAUUGUAAUUUUGUUUAAAGCUUCAUACAAUAUAAUUAUUUUUACAUUUGCAUCAAAAUUGGUUUCUGUAUAUAGUUCAGUCUCAUGUUCUUUUCGUUUGUUAUUUUGAAUUUGAAAGAAUGCAGAAAUGUUAUUGAUUCCUGCCACUUUUUUUUGGUCAUAGCUAAUUUUUUAUACGUUUAAGUUGUGUUCUAUUUAGGAAAAAAUAGAUGUUGUGGCAUAAAAAAAUUCCAAUGCAUGGCAAAAGUGAAACACUAAUAAUUUAAGAAAAUACAAUAUGCUGCUUCUUGGAAAUGAACAUUUUAUCUGUUGAAAUAAACGAACAAAUGUUUCUUCAAAUAAUUUUGAAAAUAUUUUCCCUUGAGCUGCCAUAUGUCAUUCAGUAAUUUAUCAGUCAAAAAGAUGAAAUGACUGCUAUCAAAUGGUGCUGCAUGAUCAGCUGAUGGUAUGUGUACUUACAGAAUGCAGAGCAAUAUAGUGGUUUAUUCCAAUUUAGGAUGGAAACAACUUCCCAAAGCAAAAUACUGUCUUUCUCAUAGCCUAGAUAACAACUGACUAAAUUCAUUCCAAAAUUGGAGGGAUGCUUCUUGAGACACUGGCUAGUGACUAUCUGAUGUUUUUAAGGGAACCGUAAACUCCCAAAUCUUCUUUUCGCAAUAAUGGGAAAUGUAUUUACAAUGUUCUUACAAUGAUAUUUACAAUAUGGAAUUUUUUUAAAAAACACACUAGAGAGAUUACAUUUGAUGUGUAGUACUCUAUCUGGUCCCUCGGCAUAGAAAAUGUCAAAAAAAAGUGUAAAAGGAUUUUUGGAGAAUGAUUUAAGAAACACUAUCAGCACAGCUUUCCUACUCUAGUUCCAGGGCACUUUCACAGACAUAAACAUGGUCAUUGGUAUUUAAUGUGGGUACAUGGCACAAAUUUAAUUUUCACAAUGCACACUGUACAUUAACGAGCAUUUUAAUAUGUAAAUAAAUGUGCAGAUUGGAUAUGCUUUAGAUCAUGAAAAUUAACUAUAUGCUCAGAAUGGAGGAUGUCCCAUCUCUCCCAUUGAUGAAGUUUGUCACAAUUUUUGUUAAAUCUGCCUUCUUCAAUGCAUUCAGCAUAGAUACUAUUUCUGUGUAAUAUGCAUAGGAAUUUUUUAGGUGCUUUGUGUAUUCACUAUAUAUAUAUAUAUAUAUAUAUUUACACAGAGGUACCAAGAGACAGAAAGUAGGUCAUGGGUUAUAACUUGAUGAAUAUGCAAAACUACACAACACAAUGGACAAAACUUCAAAAGCAUCCAUGCACAUUAUCACACACAAGGCAAAAUAUAACCAUAUGAAUUUUAUAGAAAACUAAAUUGUCUGCAAGUUAUGCAAACAAACUUGCAAAUGAAUGCUCCUGUUGUGUAAUAUCUUCAGUUCAUUUCAUUUGUGAACAUAUUACACAAGGGGAGUAUUCAGUAUCACUCAUCAUUCAUAACAUUUUCCAUAUAAUUGUGUUUUCUAUUCCAGGAUACAGAGUUUCUGCUGGUGCGCUGAGUGUAAUUUAUGUCAAAAUUGGUGACAAUAUUAAACUUUUAGACCAAAUCUGGAAUAUGGCUGUACCAUGUAAUUGAGAAAUCUGUUAAUUAGAUAUGAAUGUAUUUGAAGUGCAGUUCCAUUGACUGUUUAAAUUUAGACGAUUAAAUAAAGCCCUGUAAGUAUC